CAGCAGGAGGUGUGUGCGGAGCGCCAAACUGAAACUUUUUACGCACCGUGCCGCCGCUUCACAUUCACAUCUUUCUCUCUUCCUCUCGCGGAUUAAACACGUGCGCAACUAGUGCUGCGGCCGUUUUCCCGUUUGCACCAGAAUACAAUGGAUUAAUAUUUCCUUGAGAGCCAUGCUCACGGUCUUGGCUCGCGCCGCCGAGUCCUCGCAGGGAACCGAUCCGACUUGGAUGCCCUCCAUUCCCGUUUCCUUUCCGCAUUCCCGCAGCCGCCGUGCGCAAUGCAGGCGUGGAGCUCAGAUCCGUGAUCUCAACAGAAAAAAAACCGGUUCCUCCGGUUAAUCUGGCCAACUAUUGUUGGCGGUGCAUUAUGUUUCCAGCCAGAGGAAGAGAGGAAGCCCGAAGGACUGAACGGCUGCUUGCUGUAGGCGCUAAAAGGCCGUUUUCAGCGCACUGAAAGCCUGAAACCGCGUUUUAUUGAUCGGUGUUACGGUAUAAUCUGGAAUAAGUCCCCCACCGCCGCGCUCCUUCAUGUCCCGGGAUGGAGGGCUGCUGUCGCGCCUGUAUGCCGUGUUUGAGCGGGCUCUGGAACUGCCUAUGGCCGGACUCCCGCGACCCGGACGUCCCCAACAACAACCAUGUCAUCGCCAACCCGGCCGCCGCGGAGACGGCGGAGAUCCGCACCGUGUCCGGGGACAUCCGCGUCCCGUCGCCCAAGAAGCGACCGGUGCAGCUUUACGCGGCGCUCUUCGAUUUCGAGGCCCGUAGCGACGACGAGCUGACGGUGAAGGAGGGGGACAAGCUGUCGGUGAUCGAGAAGCGGGGGGAGUACGUGCUGGCCAAGAAGCUGACGGGGUCUCUGGAGUCCGGACUGAUCCCGGCCAACUACGUGGCUCUGCUGCAGGACGAGUUCGCCAAACACAAGUGGUACUAUGGGAAUAUAAACCGUGUGAAAGCUGAGAAGCUGCUGCUGGCUUCCCAAAACAAAGAUGGCUCCUUCCUAGUUCGCAUCAGUGAGAGUCACAGUGACGAGUACACAAUCUCUGCCCGAAAUGAGGGGAAUGUGUACCACUUCAGGAUCCAGCGCUCCACCAUCGGGGCCUACUUUGUCUCCGAUAAGAUCUCCUUCUCUACGCUGGGAGAGCUGAUCUCCUACUACCAGAAAUACCCUCGCAGCCUAGGGGUGCUGCUGGAGGAGCCCUGCACCCAGCAGCGGGAGCUGUUCGACAUGGAGCCGUGGGAGAGACCUCGAGAGGAGUUCAGACUCCACAACAAACUGGGAGAGGGACACUUUGGAGAGGUGUGGGAGGCCAUGUGGACCACAGAGAACAGGAAAGUGGCCAUAAAGACGCUGAAACGAGAGGACACAAAGCAGGACGAGUUUGUGAAGGAGGUUCAGGCGUUGAAGAGCCUCCAUCACCCGAAGCUGAUCCAGCUGCUGGCCAUGUGCUCCAGGGGAGAGCCGGUCUACAUCGUGACCGAACUCAUGAGCAAAGGAAGCCUCAAGUCUUACCUCGCCUCUGCUGAAGGCCAGGUGCUGACAUCAGCUCAUCUGAUCUACAUGGGCAGUCAGAUCGCCGAGGGCAUGGCCUACCUGGAGGACCGAAACAUCGUCCACAGGGACCUGGCUGCCAGGAACAUCCUGGUGGGAGAAGAUCUCAUCUGCAAGGUGGCCGACUUCGGACUGGCUCGGAUUAUAAGGGACAGUGUGUAUACAGCCAGUCGAAACACAAAGAUCCCGGUGAGGUGGACAGCUCCCGAAGCAGCAAUUUACCAGCGCUUCUCUGUAAAAUCAGAUGUCUGGUCAUUUGGGGUCCUGCUGUACGAGAUGAUGUCCCGGGGCAAGAUGCCUUAUGAUGGAAAAAGCAACAAGGAAGUGUUGGAUCUGCUGUCAUCGGGGUUUCGGCUGCCCUGUCCAACUCGCUGUCCGCCGAAUAUUUACCGCAUCAUGAUGGACUGCUGGGCCGCUGAGCCCUCCAAGAGACCCUCCUUCCACGCCCUACACAGCCAAUUGGAUUCAAUAUAUGCCAGGAUCUAUUUUAAGACUAUAGAAGUAUAGAAAGAAGGAGAUAUGGAGGAAGAAGAGGACCGUGAGAGCCAAUCGUGUGCAACUGGUCACCGACCGCAGCAUGGACUGCAAAUAUGAAAGGGAUAGGUAGGGAAGGAAUAUUCUCCUCCCGCAUGAAAUCCACUUCCACAACAGGGUAUAUGUACUUAAAAAAAACACCAAGGUGUGACAGGACAAAGAGAGGAGAGCAGCAGACCGAACAAACACAGGUGAAAUGUUCAAGACGGAGAAGAUGCCCACCAAGUCAAGGAGGAAAUAUAAGGAAUACUUAAUUUCUUAAGCUAAAAGAAAGCAAGAUGGACAGAUACAAUUUGUCUAAAAAAAUAGUCUAAGAAAGGUGUGUAAAUACACUCCUACAUAAAAAAACACUGAACAAUAAAACCCUCUGCACAUUCACA